AUGGUUACUCAGCGCACAAGAGAACAAAUCGAAGCCUUCGCCGCCGUCGAAGGACGGUCGUUCCAGCAAACCGGCCAACCGCCCAUCGUAGGAUCACCGAAUAUGCUAAACUUCGUAUGCAGCAACUGGCACCAAUCGCGGUACUUCGAUGUGGACUUCUCGCCCGCUAUUGUGAAGCACGGUCUUCCUGAGGGGAAGAGGGUCAGUCUGGUUGGGAAACCGGCAUUGGUUGUCCGGGGACUGCCGGAGAUUCAGAUGCCCGUGGCGAGCAUUACGUAUAUUAUGGGAAAGGAUGCGAAGGGGGAUUGGUGGAUGGUGUGGCAAUUGCAGUAG